AUGCCCAUCACCCAGGACAAUGCCGGGCUGCACCUGCCCCUGCUCUGCCGGUGGCUGGAGAACAGCGUGCGGGAGGGCGGGGAUGGGCCGGAGCAGCGGCUGUGCCAGGCGGCCAUCCAGAAGCUGCAGGAGUACAUCCAGCUGAACUUCGCCGUGGAUGAGGGUGUGGUCCGCCCCGACCACAGCCCCCCGGGGAUGGAGAUCUGUACUGUGUACCUCUCCAAGGAGCUGGGGGACACAGACACUGUGGGCCUCAGUUUUGGGAACAUCCCUGUUUUCGGAGACUAUGGAGAAAAGCGCAGGGGGGGCAAGAAGCGGAAGACCCACCAGGGCCCCGUGCUGGACGUGGGCUGCAUCUGGGUGACGGAGCUGAGGAAGAACAGCCCGGCCGGGAAGAGCGGGAAGGUGCGGCUGCGCGACGAGAUCCUCUCCCUGAACGGGCAGCUGAUGGUCGGCGUGGAUGUCAGCGGGGCCAGUUACCUGGCUGAGCAGUGCUGGAAUGGCGGUUUUAUCUACUUGAUCAUGCUGCGUCGCUUCAAGCACAAAGUCCAUUCUCCUUAUAAUGGCAACAGUAGCAACAGCUCUGAACCAGGAGAGACGCCUACCUUGGAGCUGGGUGAUCGAACUGUGAAAAAGGGGAAAAGAACAAGGAAGUUUGGAGUCAUUUCCAGGCCUUCUACCCACAAGGCCACUGAAGAAUCCAAGAGCAGCACUGGCUGUGAGCUGGACAAUGACCCCAUCUCUGAGCUGGACAAUGGCCCAGACCGUCAGAAGUGGACAAAGGAACAGAGCACAGAGUUCCAAAAACAGAUGCUCCUCUGCCCACAAGCAAUGACAAACGCCACUUCUCAAAAUCGGGGAAGACAGACUUCCAAUCAAGUGACUGCUUGGCACGGGAGGAAGUCGGCCGGAUAUGGAAGCUGGAGCUGCUUAAAGAAUCGGAUGGGCUGGGAAUUCAGGGAUGGCAGACUGUCCUUAGGAGACGAGCUGCUGGUAAUCAAUGGCCACUUACUGGUCGGGCUGUCCCACGAGGAAGCUGUGGCCAUUCUUCGCUCAGCCACGGGAAUGGUUCAGCUGGUCGUGGCCAGCAAGGAAACCUCUGCAGAGGACCUCCUGAGAUUAACAUCGAAGAGUUUGCCUGAUCUGACCAGCUCGGUAGAGGACGUGUCCUCUUGGACUGACAACGAAGACCAGGAGCCAGACGGGGAAGAGGACGAAGGAACUGGCCCGUCUUCCAUCCAGGGAGCGAUCCCCGGGGCAGAUGAGCCCCAAGACUCCUGUGGCUCCGAGGAUUCCAAGGGGAACCUGGAAAGUCCCAAACAGGGCAGCAGUAAAAUGAAACUCAAAAGCCGUCUUUCAGGGGGCGUACACCGUCUAGAAUCUGUUGAAGAGUAUAACGAGCUGAUGGUGCAAAAUGGGGACCCCCGGGCCAGGAUGUUGGAGGUGUCCCGAGAUGGCCGGAAGCACUCUCUUCCCCAGCUGCUGGAGUCUUCGAGCACAGCACAGGACUACCACAUCGUGAAGAAGUCCACCCGCUCGCUGAGCACCACGCAGGUGGAGUCCCCCUGGAGGCUCAUCCGGCCGUCGGUCAUCUCCAUCAUCGGGCUGUACAAAGAGAAAGGCAAGGGCCUUGGCUUUAGCAUUGCUGGCGGUCGAGACUGCAUCCGAGGACAGAUGGGGAUUUUUGUGAAGACCAUCUUCCCCAAUGGGUCAGCUGCGGAGGACGGAAGACUUAAAGAAGGGGAUGAAAUCCUAGAUGUAAAUGGAAUACCAAUAAAGGGCUUGACGUUUCAAGAAGCCAUUCAUACCUUUAAGCAAAUCCGGAGUGGAUUGUUUGUGUUAACGGUACGCACAAAAUUACUGAGUCCAAGCCUCACGCCCUGCUCGACACCCACGCACAUGAGCAGAUCCAGCUCCCCAAACUUCAAUGCCAGUGGGGGAACCCCAGCUGUAGGCUCCGAUGAAAGCAGCUCUUUAUCGCUGGGUCGGAAGGCCCCUGGGCCCAAGGACAGAAUUGUCAUGGAAGUAACGCUCAACAAAGAGCCCAGAGUUGGACUAGGCAUUGGGGCCUGCUGCCUGGCUCUGGAAAACAGCCCCCCGGGCAUCUACAUCCACAGCCUCGCCCCGGGAUCCGUGGCCAAGAUGGAGAGCAAUCUGAGCCGCGGAGAUCAAAUCCUGGAAGUGAACUCAGUCAACGUCCGCCAUGCUGCUUUAAGCAAAGUCCACGCCAUCUUGAGCAAAUGCCCCCCAGGACCCGUUCGCCUUGUCAUCGGCCGGCACCCUAAUCCAAAGGUUUCUGAGCAGGAAAUGGAUGAAGUGAUAGCGCGCAGCACUUACCAGGAGAGCAGAGAGGCUGGUUCCUCUCCUGGCUCAGGUACCCCCUUGAAGAGUCCCUCUUUUGCAAAAAAGGACUCCUUGAUCUCUGAAUCUGAACUCUCCCAGUACUUUGCCCACGACGUCCCAGGCCCCUUGUCAGACUUUGUGGUGGCCGGCUCCGAGGACGAGGACCACACAGGAAGCGGCUGCAGCACCUCUGAGGACGGCAGCCUGCCGCCCAGCACCUCCACUCACAAGGAACCAGGAAAAGCCAGGGCCAACAGCCUUGUGUGUCUAGGAAGCCAGCGGGGCUCUGGGCUCUUCCACAAGCAGGUGACAGUUGCCCGACAAGCCAGUCUCCCUGGGAGCCCGCAGGUCCUCCGAAACCCCCUCCUCCGCCAGAAGAAGGUGGGCUGCUACGAGGCCGAUGACGCCAGCGAUGAGGACGAGCUCGACGGCGAAGGCGACUGCGUUUCCCUCCCAGGGACCCUCCCGGGGCCCAGCAGGCCUCGAACGGAGGACGACUCUAGGCACGUCUCAAUGGCCUUUUCCAAGGUCAUGGGUGUCAACAGCCAGGAGGAACACCCCCCGAAAACCCUGGUCAGCAAGGCCUCCUCAGUGCCUCUCCUGGGCAGCUCAUCGAACUUCGAGGAGAGCGUCCCAAGGGACUUAGGGGCCCCUCCUCCCCGUGCGGCCAGCCUGCUGUCCUCUGCAGAGGCCCCAAGGGGUGGCUCUGGCAGCUCAGGGCGGAAGGAACUGUCAGGGUCCAGGAGUUCCCCCAAACUGGAAUACAGAGCCAGUCCCCAGAGUCCGGCGAGCACGGAGAGUGCCAGCUCCCCGCAGCAGAAGAACGGAGGCCUGGGGUCCAGACACAAACCAGUGGCCAGGGUCAGCCCACACUGCAAGAGGCCGGAGGCCGAGGCCAGGCGCAGCGGCUCGGAGGCAGUGAGCCUGGCGGAGGGAGCCGACGACCUCCGUGGUCUGGGUUCCAAGGUCCAGGCCACUUCAGGGCAAGUGACCGUGACUGGUUUUCGACCAGGUGGAACUGGGGAAAAGGAACCUCCGGGGAAGCUGACUGCCGGGCAGGGCCCCCCUCCAGGUGCUGGCCGCCUCACCGAGGACCCGCCCGAAGCUGGACCAGACCAAGGACAAACACCCAAGGGGGGACUGCACGGCUCCGCGGACCUCGUCCCUUCCCCAGGGCAGAAGCGGGCCGCACGCCCUGACCGCAGCGAGGCCUCAGUGGACACAGAACAAGGGCGGCGGCCCGAGGACCCCCGAGAGCCAGUGUCAUCCAGGGUCCCCAAGUCUGAGGACAGAGGUCACGCCAGUCUCACCUGGGACCGCAGCACCUCCCCAGGGAAGACAGCAGCGGCUCCUCCCGACUUCAGCUCCGCUCAGCCAGCCCUCGAACCCUGCUGGCCCGACGCCCCCGGGAAGGCAGGUGCGCACAGGGGAGCAGGACCCGAGGCCGAGGGAGCGACCCCGGCCUGUGCUGUCCUGCCACCGGGCCGCCUCGUGAGCCAGGAGAGACGAGGAGUCCCGGGCGACCACGGUCAGGCUCUGCACGUGACAGGGACGCUCGCACCUGACCACUCCCAGGAGUCCGCCCGGCUCCAGGGGACAGACACGGGGCCCCAGAGGGCAGCGCAGGGCAGCCCCACCUGCGCGCCGCCGGCUGACAGGGCCCAAGGGCAGCGCGGCGGUGACUCGGGGCCCUGCUGCCCCGGGGAGAGCGGAGAGACUCCCGUGACUGACAUCGACAGGCUCAUCAAGGAGCCAGGUGCUUCGGAAGGAGGACUUGAGUCUCCUGUCCAAGGGGACCGGGCGGGUCGAGAGGGCAGCUCGCCAGGCCCGCUUCCCGCAGCCGCCGGAGCGGGGCGCCCUGGCCGCGCGGAGCCGGGCGCCGGGAGCCCGACCCCGAGCCCGGGGAGGACCUGGGCCGCCUGCCCGCCCCCGCCGCCGCCCCCGCAGUGGGCCUCCCAGCCCUCCGUGUUGGAUUCCAUCAACCCCGACAAACACUUUACUGUGAACAAAAGCUUUUUGAGCAACUACUCGAGGAAUUUUAGCCCUUUUCACGAGGACAGCACGUCCUUGUCAGGCCUGGGUGACAGCACAGAGCCGUCUCUCUCCUCCAUGUACGGCGACGCGGAGGACUCGUCCUCCGACCCCGAGUCGCUCCCGGAAGCCCCACGAGCUUCCACCCGGGUCGGCUGGUCCCCUCCUCGUCCUCGGGGGCCUUCUCACAAGGAAGAGGCCACGGAGUCUGAGGACGAGCAAAUCGAAAUUUGUUCUACCAGUGGUUCCCCGAACGCCGCCUCGACGGCGGCACGCGCACCUGCCCGGGUCGCACCCCGCGCCCCGGCAGCCAAAGCUGCGCCCCCGACCCGCGGUGCCACCUGCGAGGCCGCGGCAAGUGCGUGCAACACGGCGGCCCUCCAGCCGGGUGCCGCAUGCCUUGCAGCCCCAAACGCUGCCCCGGCGUCUGCGCUCCCAGAUGGAGACUCCCCGGGCCGCGAACCCCGCGCAGACCUAGGGAUGACACCGAACCUCAGACCCUCGUGCGAAGCAGAGACGAUGGAAGCCACCGGCACUGGCUCCGCCAUGGAAAGCAACCCGGCCUCUGAAGUCGCCAGGCAGCCUCAUAACAACCCAGUCCCUCUCAGCUCGCCGAGCGCAGUGAAUGGUUUGGGACAUGACUUGCUGGACGGUGAAAGCCCAAAUAAAAAACAAGAAACAAAUGUUAACGCCGCUGAAAAUCCGGCCUCCUUUCUUGUCGGUGCCCCUGAGGACGGGGACUCUGUUCCAACAGACUUGCACAUCUCUGAGAGUCAAGACCCGAAUGACCUGCUGCAGAAACCAAAAAUGACCUCCAGGAGGCCCAUCAUGGCCUGGUUUAAAGAAAUCAAUAAAGGGAACCAAGGUACGCAUUUGCAGAGCCAACCCGAAAAGGAACCGUCGGCAACGCCGGCCAGAAGUCCCGACUCCAAAAGCCAGGUGCCGAGCACAAGCCACAGAAAGGGGGUUGCAGUGCCUAAUAGCCCCCCUCCGCUGAAACUGAAUCUUGAAAAUAAAGAGGCACCUAAAAAAAGUUCAGUGGAAACCCUUUUAAAUAACUGUCAGAAGUCCAAGUCCGGUCCUAAGCUGAGGAGACUGAGCAUCAAGAGCAAAAGCAAAGGCAGUUCCGAGGCCCCUGCUCCUAAUACUCCAAAGGCCGGUGGGACGGACCACAGGAAAUCCCUCGUUUCGCCCCAGGCCUCCCACAAAAUGCUUUCUAAGGUAGCAUCACCCCGGUUCCACAUAGCCAACCAGGAGGACCCCAGCAAAAAUGCCACAGCCACUCUCAAGUCUCCCCAGUGUGAGCUCGAGAGCAAGCCACCCCCUGCGACUCUGGGGUCAUUGAGGUCAUCAGCGUCAGACACGAGCAUCAGGCCAUUCAUUUCACCCCCAAUCUCCCCCAAGGCUCUCCCUGAGCAAGGUGUGGGUAGUAGGUUCCACGCAGCUGUCCACUCUGAACCCGACAGAGGCUGCCCAACCACAGCCAGGUCGCCUAAGUGUGGACCAGAGAUCAGGGCAGCCUCAGGGCCAGGCCCCGCAGCAUCGCGGAACAGUGUGUCCGCAGCAGUGGACACGCGGGAGCUCCCGCUGCCCGGGCAGGGCCAGCAGCUCUCGGCCAGCCAAACGGGUUUGGUACCAGAAGCAGCCCAACCCAGCGUAGCUGGCGACAAAGGAAGCAAAACAAUUGCUAGUGAUCCUCCAGAAAGAAUAAACCAGCUGAAAAUAGUGGAAGUUUCUCCUGAGAGAAUGCCAAAGAAAGCAUGGGGCGACAUGCCAGCCGAAAGUGACAGACGGGGAGGAUUCCUGGCCCAGAGCAACUGUCAGGAGAAGAGUGAAAUCAGACUCUGUCACCCGUCGGUGGACUCGUCCCCAGAUCAUCCACCCUCGCUCACGUUACGUGCCUCCCAGGCGGAGCAGGAAAUGCAGCGAUCUUCCAGCAUGGCAAAACUGGCCACCUCCUGCUCCCCACAGCUGCCUGCUAAAAAAGCAGGUUCCUCCCCGGGAAAGCCACGCCAGGUGUCAGAGUCCCCAGGGACACCCAAGAACGGCACACUGGCGGGCCCGGCAUUGGAUGAGCAUCCCUAUUUCAUGCCGAGGCCAGCGACCAGGACCUACUCCAUGCCAGCCCAGUUCACGAGCCAUUUUGGACGGGAAGGGCCUUCCCUGCCCAGCCCAGGUCGCUCUCAUCGGGACAGCCAGAUCCCUGCAACAAGCGGGGUCCUCCUUGAGGCCAAGGUGUCCCGAGGCGGUGCUCUUGGCCUGGUCAAUGGACAGGGCAUCUACAGUGUGAAGCCCCUGCUGGAGACAUCAAGGAACCUUCCAACAACAGACAAAGGGGAUAUCCCUUCAGUGCCAGAGACGAGCUGCCUCGUCCCCGAUAAAAUCAAAGUCACCAGGAGACAUUACUACUCUGAGCAGAACUGGCCCCAUGAAUCUACCUCAUUUUUCUCUGUGAAGCAGAGGAUCAAGUCCUUUGAGAACCUGGCCAAUUCUGACCGGCCCGUGGCCAAGUCUGGGGCUUCCUCCUUCUUGUCUGUGAGCUCCAAGCCUCCCAUUGGGAGGCGGUCUUCUGGCAGCGUGGCUUCCGGGAGCUACAGCCACCCCAGCGACCCAACCGCGAGGUCACUGAGACGCAGCCUGAGCUCCUGCAGCGAGAGUCAGAGCGAAGCCAGCAGCCUCAUUCCCCAGAUGACCAAGUCCCCGUCCAGCAUGACCCUGAUGGUCUCCCGGCAGAACCUGGUGGAGGCCAGUAACAAGGGCCCUGAUUCUGACCCGAAGAAACCACCUGGUCCUUCCGGAAUUCCCACCCCAACGGUGACACCUGCCUCCCCCAUCAAGAGGAACAAGUCCUCGGUGCGCCAUGCCCAGCCCUCGCCCCUGUCACGCUCUAAGCUCCAGGAGCUGAGGGCCUUGAGCAUGCCCGACCUUGACAAGCUCUGCAAUGAGGACUUCUCGGCAGGGCCCACGGCUGUGCUCUUCAAAACCGAGCUGGAAAUUGUCCCCAGGAGGUCGCUGGGCUCCCCGGCUGGGGGCCUCAAUGGGUCCACCACCCUUCUGUGCCCGGUGAGGGCUGGGGACAGGGCCUGUCCAGGAGCAAGUAGGCCUAAAGCCGGUGAGCCGGGAGCCCCCAGCUCAGCCAGCGACGGGGGUGAAACCACCCAGGCUCUGCCUUCUGGAAAAAGCUGGUCAGUUAAUUUGGAUCAACUUCUAGUCUCAGCGGGGGACCAGCAAAGAUUGCAGUCCAUUUUGUCCUCAGUGAGGUCAAAAUCUACCGUCCUGACUCUCAUGCAGGAGGCGAAAGCACAAUCAGAGAAUAAAGAAGAUGUUUGCUUCAUAGUCUUGACUAAAAAAGAAGGCUCAGGUCUGGGAUUCAGUGUGGCAGGAGGGACAGAUGUGGAACCAAAAUCGACUGUGGUCCACAGGGUAUUUUCUCAGGGGGCAGCUUCUCAGGAAGGGACCAUGAACCGAGGGGAUGUCCUCCUGUCAGUCAAUGGCGCCUCACUGGCUGGCUUAGCCCAUGGGGAUGUCCUGAAGGUUCUGCACCAGGCACAGCUGCACAGAGAUGUCCUCGUGGUCGUCAAGAAAGGAAACGAGCAGCCCAGGCCCUGCCCCCGGCAGGAGCCACCCACAGCCAAUGGGAAGGGCUCGCUGUCCAGAAAGACUGUCGCCCUGGAGCCCGGAGGAGGGAGAAGCGUAGCUGCACACGAUGCUCUGUGCGUUGAAGUGCUGAAGACCUCGGCUGGGCUGGGAUUGAGCCUGGAUGGAGGAAAAUCGUCCAUGUCUGGGGAUGGGCCCCUGUUCAUAAAGAGAGUAUACAAAGCUGUUAACUGA